AUGAACAUAGGAGUGCAUAUAUUUAUUCUGAUUGAUGUUUUGGGUUUCCUAGAAUAUAUUCCUGGAAGUGGAAUUAUUGGAUCAAAUGGCAGUUCCAUGUUUAUGUUUUUUGAAAAAAUCCAUACUGUUUUCUGUAAUGGUUGCACCAGUUUACAUUCCCACCAGCUGUGUAGUUGGGUUCCCUUUUUUCCACAUCCUUAUCCACACCUGCCUUUUGUUGAUUUGUUGAUGGAAGCCAUUCUGACAAGUGUAAGGUGGUACCUCAGUGUUGUUUUGAUUUGCAUCUCUCAGAUGAUUAGUGACUUUGAGCACAUUUUCAUGUGUCUCUUGGCCUUCUGUAUGUUGAGGUCAUGUUUUCUUAUCCCUUUAGCUACCUAUGUCUUUUGA